AUGGACCAACCCAGCCAAUCACAAACCAGUCUAUUAUCUCCCAACCGGAGUAGCUCAUACAACCGAAGCUGCAUUCAGUGCAACCGCCGGAAAGUCCGCUGCGACAGAAAUGACCCGUGUGGCCGUUGCGUGAAAUGUGGAGAACCAUGUGUAUUCCCGGGACCUAAACGGGCACCUCGGAAACUUAGGCGGCCGCCUAUUUCUGAAGUCGUUGCGCGGUUGAGGCAAUUGGAGGAGGUAGAGAGGCUUCGUUCUGGGUCCCCUGCAAGUGAUCAUGGGUUACCCUCGAGUGUGUCUUCAUGUUCGGAUGUGUUCCGUACGGAUAACCAUGAGGGUAAAUUGAUAGUAAAGGAGGGGAAGAGUCGGUAUGUGGGUGAUGAGGCGUCUGCUGUUCUUGGGGAUAAGGUUCGAGAAUUACAGGACAUUUGUAGUGAUUCAUCUUCUGAAGGGGAUUUCGACGAGCUAGAUGCUUCUGUCCUGCGCUUUGUCGGUUUCCUCGGAAUCGACCGGACUCCUGAUGUUUUGCAAAGGAGCCACCUCUAUCCUUCGCGUAUUCAAGAGCUGUGGCAUGUCUAUCAAAUCAAUGUUGCACCGUUGAUAGCGAUCCUUCACAAACCAUCUGUUGAUGAAAUGCUAUGUCAAGAAUCUGAAAAUAUUAAUCCAGAUCCUGCCCGUGAGGCUUUGCUACUCUCAGUAUGCCACGCCGCUAUUGUCAGCAUGAGCCCGAAGCAGUGCAUCGAGGUGCUAGGCGAGGAUAGUGAGACACAAAUCCAAAAAUACAGAUUAGCUACUGACCAAGCCUUGGCAAGAGCCAACUUUAUCAAAUCCCAGGACAUUCACGUUCUACAAGCAGCCGUACUGUUCCUGCUCUGUCUCCGCCGGAAAGGGAACACGAGGCUUGUAUGGGCCGCAUCUGCUGUGGUAGUCCGCGUUGCCCAAGGACAGGGUCUCCAUCGCGAUGGGCAACAUUUGGGAUUGAGUUAUUUUGACACGGAAAUCCGUCGUCGAUUGUGGUGGCAUAUAUGCAUCUUAGAUAUGCUGUGCUCUGGAGACCAGGGGACAGAUUCACAGAUUCAGCCUGGGAUGUUUGAUACACGACUCCCUUCCAAUGUCGACUGUGAUGUACUUUACCCUUCUUUAACGGAGAUGCCACUUGAAAAAGUUGGUUGUACAGACAUCACACUCUGUAUUGUCCAGUGUGAGAUAAUUGCGAGCCUCUAUUGGCCGAAUAAAUUCACCGGAGCCAACCUGUCAAGAAACAACCAAGAGAACCUCGUAAAAUCACUGGCAUACCGACUUGAGAAUCAAUACCUGAAACAUCUGGAUCUGGAAAUUCCGGUCCAGUGGAUGUACGCAACAAUCGCCCGACUUACUCUCUCCAAAUCAUGGUUAUUAGCCCAUUGCAAGACAUCAACGAUGGGAGAAGAUGGACCAGCCAUGUCCCAAGAAACUGAUGACAAAGCUUUCAACAUGGCCAUUGAGGUUGUUAAAUUUGCCCACUUACUGCACACCAACGAGUCUACCUCACAAUGGGCAUGGCUCAGCAAGAGCUACAAACAAUGGCAUGCCAUUGCAUUCAUUCUCUCAGAACUCUGCACUCGCCUCAUCACACCAGAAACCAACCACGCAUGGGAAGUGGUUACCGAGGUGUAUCGACAAUGGGAGGAUGAUGAUACACAAACAAGUCUUAUGCUCCGGAAACCUAUAUCACGCUUGAUGGAACAUGCAGCACUGUCAAGAGCGGCUAAGAUGCCAUUUAACCAGCUUGCAGGGAGUAGUCCUUCUAUAGGUGCUCCAUUAGGAGAACCUGCAUCUAAUUCGGAAAUUCUUUCUCCCGGAAUGUAUGGAUUACCUCUAUCUGGCAUGGAAUGGCUUUGUGAGCCAUUGCUGUGA